AUGGCCGAGGUCUCCGAGGAAUCCGCCGCCGCAAUCCCGGCGCAUGGAUGCAGCUCGCAACCGCUCUCGUUCCCACCCCAGCCGCCGGAUAUCAAGAACUGGUUCUCGAUCUACGAGUAUGAGUCACCGGAGUUACCGGAGCUGCCUGGUGGCGGCCAUGGCGGCGAUAGCAGCAUCGAGACCCAGGAUCCAUUGGAGAACAUCCAGGUAGGCUUGGCCGGGCAUUCGUUCUUGGAAUGCACCGCUCAUGAUGAUGAUGAUGAUGGUGACGCUGUUUUGAGCAUUAACCAAUUCGGAGGACGCCGAUACGAGCGUGAGGUUUCUGACACAAGAGAUCUGAUCCCCACUGGUAGCAGGAGCACCGUGGAGCGUGGCGGGAAGAGGAAGCAAAACUUGCGGAGCUUGUUCGGAGAUGGUUUUCUUGACAGUGUCAGCAAGUCUUGUGGAACUGAAAGUCACGCGGUGUUGCCUGUGCAAAGAAAUGAGGCCUUGGCUCCGCCAGAUUGCAACGCAAUGUGCUUGCCUGAUGAUACUCAAGAAGGCGCAAUCGAAAACCUCGAACUGGUGGUGGGCUAUAAUGGCAUCGAUUCAGCUGAUACUCAAGAUGGUUCCCAGGGUGGUCAGGAGACAGAGCACAGCAGACUGUCAAUUGGUGAUACUAUUAGUUUGAGUUCAUCUCAUACUGAAAAGGGUACCCCAAAAGAUGGUAAUAAUGAGCACAGCAAACUGUUAGCUCAUUGUACGGGUACAAGCAUAGAUCACAGAGAAAGCCAGUUCCAAGAAGAUGGCAUGGAGAACAGCGUGCGACCCAUCAAUUGUAAUGGCAUCAUCAUAUCUGACACACAUGAAAACUCUACAGGGGAAGAAAUUUGUCGUGGCAACAGCACAAAGGGUGAUAAAGAGCAGGAAGAAACAUCUGCAGCUGAUGGUUUUGUGGCCAUCAGGAGGAAGAAGAAGAAACCGGAACAAGAAACGAAGACGAACAGAACCCUUAAGCCCCCAAUGAAAAGAGAGAAUGCAAGAUCGCAAGAGAAGCACGACAUUGUGAAACAGAAGGGGCGCAAUGGUAGAAGCCUCUUGGCAGACAAGACUAAUGUUUCAGAGCCAGAAGUAACAGCUGCUAUAUCAGCAGAGCUCCGUGGGAAAUGGAAGUGCCCUCGCAAAGGAAAGCCCUAUGUUGGUCCUCCCCUGAAACAGCUGUGGUUGGAACAAUGGGUGCACCGGGGGGAUUGAAACAUAUGCGUUCUUCACGUUGAAGUGAUCCUGUUGCAUGUUUCAGUUUUGGUAUUUUGGCACAGCCUGUUGUAAGAGUGCAUGCUUUUUUCUUGCUUCGAUGCUUAUCAUCCUGUUAUCCAUUGCACUACUAGGUUAAA